AUCUAAAAGCUCGGUGUCAGACAACGUUUGCAAGACUAGGAAUGAGCUUGGGUGUCUCUAAGUGGUGUUUUCAGUCGGGCACUACCACUUUGGGAGGAGUUCCAGUUGAGUACUGCCCUCCCAGUUUUGACUCUUCCCCUCCUGUUUUGUUUCUCAUAGACUGGGAAUGACAGGCAACCAUUUGCUGUCUCACUGUCGCUGCCUCAGGAGUCAAGCUGCAUCAAGAGAGUUCUUCACAGAGCUGUUUCUAGGAACUCUUUAGUUAGAUUCUUGAAACAAAAGGUGAAAUGUCAACCAAAGUGCCAAACAUUAAGCUGAAAAUUGAUCCUCGGGAUCUGCAGAUCCAGACGUUUACAGUGGAGAAAUUACUGGAACCGUUGAUAAUUCAGGUUACAACACUAGUGAACUGUCCACAGAAUCCUUCUAGUAAGAAAAAGGGCCGUUCCAAAAGAGCUCGUGUCUUGCUGGCUUCUGUGGAAGAAGCCACUUGGAAUCUGUUGGACAAGGGAGAAAAAAUUGCCAAAGAAGCAGCUGUGUUUAAAGAGGAACUUCAUGCAGCUCUUGCUGAUGUCAGGAAAGAGAGUCAAGCCCUGAAGGUGUCAGCAGAGGCGUUCACCAGCGAUCCCUGCUCCCUGCCCCGCAGGCAGGCCGUUGUCCCGGCAGCGCGCUCCCUGCUUGCGGCUGUCACAAGGCUGCUCGUUCUGGCCGACAUGGUUGAUGUGGCGUAUUUACUGCAGCAUUUGACUGUGUUUCAAAGAACAUUUGAAUCUUUAAGAAAUGUAUCCAGUAAAUCUGAGCUACAGAAAACCUACCAGAAGUUUCGAAAAGAUCUGGAAAAUCUGGAUUAUUUGGCAUACAAACGUCAGCAGGAUUUGAAAUCUAGCAGUCAGCGAGAUGAGAUUGCUGCAGCACGUGCAUCCCUGAAGGAAAAUUCCUCUUUCCUACAUUCAAUAUGUUCAGCUUGUUUGGAACAUUCAGAUGUUGCAUCCCUUACAGCCAGCAAGGAUUCAAUUUGCAAUGAAAUACAGAAUGCUCUCAAUGCAAUUUCUAAUGCUUCCCAAGGAGUUGGAAAUAAAAUGGAACAACCUACCUCUCGCACAGCUACUCUUGGAAGUGCACUUGAUGAGCUUGAGAAUUUAAUUGUCCUGGAUCCUCUUGUAGUGAAUGAGGAGACAAUAAGGCCCUCCCUAGAGAAACGUCUGGAAGCCAUUAUAAGUGGAGCAGCUCUGCUGGCCGACUCCUCGUGCACGCGGGAUGUCCAUCGGGAGCGCAUCAUCGCCGAGUGCAACGCCAUCCGCCAGGCCCUGCAGGACCUGCUCUCCGAGUACAUCAACAACACUGACAAGAAAGAGAGAAGUAAUGCCUUGAACGUGGCAAUAGACAGUAUGUGCAAGAAGACAAGAGAUCUCCGCAGACAGCUCCGUAAAGCCAUUAUAGAUCACAUCUCAGACUCCUUCUUAGAUACCACUGUUCCACUUCUAGUUCUCAUUGAAGCUGCUAAAAAUGGAAGAGAGAAAGAAAUAAAGGAAUAUGCUGCUAUAUUUCGAGAACAUACCAGCAGGCUUGUGGAGGUUGCUCAUCUUGCUUGUUCAUUGUCAACAAAUGAAGAUGGAACGAAAAUUGUCCAGAUGGCAGCUAAUCACAUAGAGACCUUGUGCCCACAGGUCAUUAACGCUGCUUUAGCUCUUGCUGCCAGACCAAAAAGUCAAGUUGUGAAAAACAACAUGGAGAUGUAUAGGAGUACAUGGGAGAAUCACAUCCAUGUUCUUACUGAAGCUGUGGAUGAUAUAACAAGUAUUGAUGAUUUUCUUGCUGUAUCAGAAAGCCACAUUCUCGAGGAUGUGAACAAGUGCAUCAUUGCCCUGAGGGAGCAGGAUGGGGAUGGUUUGGAUCGUGCCGCAGGUGCCAUCCGAGGACGCGCUUCCAGAGUCGCUCACAUUGUUUCAGGCGAGAUGGACAAUUACGAACCGGGAGCUUACACUGAAGGGGUGAUGGCAAAUGUUCAGUAUCUGACCAAGAAUGUGAUUCCAGAGUUUAUUAGUCAAGUAAAUAUUGCAUUGGAGAGCUUAAGUAAGAGCACAGUCCACCUGUUUGAUGAUAACCGGUUUGUGGACAUUUCUAAGAAGGUGUAUGAUGCGAUUCACAACAUCAGGUGCUCAGUCAUGAUGAUUCGGACAUCUGAAGAGCUGGAAGAUGUCUCUGACCUGGAAGAAGACCACGAUGCACGUAGUCGUACCAGCAUCCAGACUGAAGGGAAGACUGACAGGGCCAAGAUGACUCAACUACCAGAGGCUGAAAAGGAAAAGAUAGCUGAGCAAGUGGCUGACUUCAAAAAAGUCAAGAGUAAGCUUGAUGCAGAGAUUGAAAUGUGGGAUGAUACCAGCAAUGACAUAAUUGUUCUGGCCAAGCGGAUGUGUGUGAUUAUGAUGGAGAUGACUGACUUCACAAGGGGGAGAGGACCACUGAAGCACACAUCCGAUGUGAUCAACGCAGCGAAGAUGAUCUCGGAGUCAGGCUCCAGGAUGGACGUCCUGGCGCGGCUCAUUGCGGACCAGUGUCCAGACCAGUCGUGCAAACAGGAUUUAUUGGCUUACCUAGAACAGAUCAAGCUCUACUCCCACCAGCUCAAAAUCUGCAGUCAAGUUAAAGCAGAAAUCCAGAAUCUCGGUGGAGAGCUUAUCAUGUCUGCUUUGGACAGCGUCACUUCGCUAAUUCAGGCCGCCAAAAAUCUAAUGAAUGCUGUGGUGCAGACAGUGAAGAUGUCCUAUAUUGCAUCCACAAAGAUUAUCAAGAUUCAGAGUCCCACUGGCCCACGACAUCCAGUUGUCAUGUGGAGAAUGAAGGCUCCAGAGAAGAAGCCCCUCAUUAAAAGAGAGAAGCCAGAAGAAAUCUAUGCCGCUGUCAGAAAAGGUUCUGCAAAGAAGAGAAUCCAUCCUGUUCAAGUCAUGAGUGAAUUUAGAGGCAGAGAAAUAGUUUAAUAUUUUGCCACUUUGUGAAUUCCUAUCUUGAAUUGCUGAUGAUUUUUCAUCUUUUCCCCCACUUAUUUAAUAAUUAUAUAUGUUAAUGUUUUGCUUUUAUCUAAUUCUGUAAGAUAACACUUGCUUAAAUUAUUUGAAAAUGCUGUUGGAUUAAUUAGAAGCACACAGUU